AUGGGGGUGAGGCGAAGCCUUCAGAGUGGGGGCACUUUGCUCAGCUUCUUGGCCAACAUCCUCACGAUGCUCUCCACUGCCACCAACUACUGGAUCCGCUACGACCAGGGCCACAGUGGCCUGUGGUAGGAGUGCAGUCGCGGCACCUGCUCCAACAUUCCCCGCCAGACCACGCUGACCGUGUCGGCGGCGUGCAUGGUGCUGGCGGCGGGCUUCGGCGUCGUGGGCAUGGUCCUGGGGCUGCGGAUUGUGUGUCACCAGGGCGAGUCGCUGCGGGGCCAGACGACCAGCGCCUUCUUCCUCCUAGGAGGGCUGCUGCUGGUGACCGCCUUGAUAGGCUACACGGUGAAGAAUGCGUAGAAGAACGACGUCUUCUUCUCCUGGUCCUAUUUUUCUGGGUGGCUGGCUUUACCCUUCUCAGUUCUCUCGGGCUACUGCUUUCUGCGGGCAGACAUGAUCCUGCAGAGCACCGACGCCAUCAGUGGGUUCCCCGUGUGCCUGUGACCGCAGCCUGCCCGGGGCAGAAUAAAGGAAUGGCUUUUA